GUUGGAUCCCCAAACUUCCGUUACUGUUAGAAUUCUGGGUGAGAAUUGUCUACCUUAGCUCAUGUGCCCUCCCGCCUAGAGUGAUUGAUUUAAAAGCAGCUUGCAUCCCGGAAGCUCAGUGGAGCUCCGCAGAGCAGCAGUUCUAAACUUUUCAGUUAAAUUUCCGGAACCAGAGCCGGGGGUGCCCUUUCCCUGGAAAAUGGCAGAAGUUAACCAGCUGAGACGGUUCUGGUACGUAGCACGCUAUACGUAAGAGAUUCCAAGGCAGAAAAAUACUCAAGAGACUCAAAGGAAACUGGCCAGGUGACCACUGACUUGCUAAGGUCUCUGCAGCUGAGAGCCUGCCUACAAUUUCCAGCAUGCUUCGGGCUACACCUCGGCCAACUGACAGUACCACGCACCAAUGGGAGAACCCUAUCUGAGUUUGGGGUGGAGUCCGUCCUGCGGCACUCAGCGCGGCCUUUUCAACGACCCAGAGGCCUCUCUGGUGGCAGCUCACCUUCGUCACGCCUACCACUUUAUGCCGCUCACUCCCAGACUCCUCCUCCCAAUCAUGCACGAGACCCUCCCUUGGUCCCUCUUCUUUCGCCGCGCGAGUGGCCAGAGAGGAUGUGGAACUUGCUGAGCUUAUUGGAUGACAGUGAUGUCACUCAGGAGGAGAGCGACGAGGCCCUCUCCUUUCGGACGGAACCCAAGUCAUGCAGCCUGAAGCCACAGAUCGGCAUCCUCUGUCCAGUAUGUGAUGCUCAAGUGGACCUGCCCUUGGGUGGAGUGAAGGCUUUAACGGUAGACCACCUGGCCAUGAAUGACGUCAUGCUGGAGAGUCUGCACGGGGAAGGCCAGGGCCUGGUGUGUGACCUGUGUAGCGACAGAGAAGUAGAGAAGAGGUGUCAGACCUGCAAGGCCAAUCUCUGCCACUUCUGCUGCCAGGCUCACAGGCGGCAGAAGAAGACAACGGAUCACACCAUGGUGGACCUGAAAGACCUAAAAGGCUACAGUCGGGUUGGAAAGCCUAUCCUAUGUCCUUCCCACCCUGCCGAGGAGCUGAGGCUGUUCUGUGAGCUCUGUGACCGGCCGGUGUGUCGGGACUGUGUAGUUGGGGAGCACCGAGAGCACCCCUACGACUUCACCAGCAACGUCAUCCACAAGCAUGGAGAUUCCGUGCGGGAGCUGCUUCGAGACACCCAGCCCCACGUGGAGGCCCUGGAAGACGCCCUGGCUCAGAUCAAAAGUUCGAACAACGCCCUCCAAGAGCGCGUGGAGGCGGUGGCAGCUGACGUCCGAACGUUUUCUGAGGGCUACAUCAGAGCCAUCGAGGAGCAUCGGGACAAGCUGCUACGACAGCUGGAUGACAUACGGGUCCAGAAGGAAAACUCUUUACAGCUGCAGAAAGCACAGCUGGAACAGCUGCUGGCUGAUAUGCGGACUGGAGUGGAGUUCACUGAGCACCUGCUGACCAGCGGCUCAGACUUGGAGAUCCUGGUCACCAAGGGAGUGGUCGUAGAGCGGCUCAGGAAGCUGAAUAAGGUUGAAUACAGUGCCCGCCCAGGAGUGAACCAUAAGAUCUGCUUCUCCCCUCAGGAGAAGGCAAGGUGCCAAGGCUAUGAAGUAUAUGGGGCCAUUAACACGCAGGAAGUUGAUCCAGCUCAAUGUGUCCUUCAGGGAGAAGAUCUCCAUAGAGCUCGAGAGAAACAGACAGCCUCUUUUACCUUGGUCUGUAAGGAUGCCACGGGAGAGAGCAUGAGCAGGGGAGGAGACAACGUCCGUGUGGAAGUUGUCCCCAAAAAUAAGAAGGACAGUCCGAUCAGAACAGUGGUCCAGGACAACAAGGAUGGAUCCUACCGUGUUUCCUACACCCCCAAGGAACCUGGCGUCUACACUGUGUGGGUUGGCAUCAGAGAGCAGCAAGUGCAGGGCUCACCGUUCAAUGUGACCGUGAGGAGGAAGCAUCGGCCGCAUCCAGGCGUGUUUCACUGCUGCACCUUCUGUUCCAGUGGAGGCCAGAAGACUGCACGCUGUGCCUGCGGAGGCACCAUGCCAGGUGGGUACCUUGGCUGUGGCCAUGGACACAAAGGCCACCCGGGGCGUCCACACUGGUCUUGCUGUGGGAAGUUUAUUGAGAAGUCAGAGUGUUCGUACUCAACUGGGCAGAGCGCACCGAGGAGUCUGCUUAGGACCGUGGCACUCUGAUGGCUUCCUGGGGACAAGUUGGGCCAGGUAAACCUGAAGUUAGCAUGACUUCGGAUGUACAGAGAACCCAGAGCUUGAGUAGUUCCAAAGAGACUGACAGAAUUAAAGACAAAGUGCUUUCUAACGUCA